AUGUGUUUCUGUAAAAAAAGAGGUAUAAAGAGAUUGAGAUUCCAAUUAACAAUGAACACACAACCCAAAAGAGGUUCAAAAUUUUCAAAAAAUGAGGAAUAUUUAUUAAUAUCAUUAAUUGCCAAAUAUAAAAGUAUCAUUGAAUCAAAAGCAACUAAUGCUGUUACUUGGAUGGAAAAACAUAUUAAAUGGAUUCAAAUAGAAAAAGAAUUCAAUUCAAACUGUGGCCUAAACGGACGUAGAUCCGUUAAAAUGCUCAAAGAAAAAUAUAUUAAUUUAAAAAAGAAGACAAAAGAGAAUUUCCCAAAAUAAGUUAAACAUAAAUCUUACUGGUGGUGGACCAAUUACCCAAGAAGUACUGUCAGAAGUAGAUGCUGCUAUAUCGGAUUUGCUAGGGCAGCAAGUUACUGGCCUUCCAAGUAUUUUUGACAGUGAUAAGGAUAUAUCACAUAGUCAAAAUGAUGUUUCAUAUAAUAGCGAGCCUGGUUGUUCAGGUACAAGUGAAAUAAUCAAGGACACAAUACAUCCAAAAAUUAUAG